UGCCGUAUUCGUCUGCCAGCGUGUCAGGUCGCAGGCAACAGCCAUUGGGGAACGACGCAUUCUCGGGUGUCUUCCACCGUCUCGCCUCGAGCACGUUACCGCGGGAGUUCAGAUUUCGCGAUACAGAAGCACCGCUUUGACCGCGGCGAGGGCACAGCACAAUCCGCCGCAGCGUGUACGUCGACGUCGCCGAUUCGGAAAACCGUCGACGCGAUUCGCCGCCGCUUUCCCGCGCUCUCGGCACGAAGCGCGCACACACAUUCUCUCUCGUAGUCGACGUGUGACCUGCUCGACCACGAAUCCCGUGGCACAAAUGAUGAAGGGCCGUCCUCAGUUUCGCCGUCGAUUCAGCCUGCAACCCUCGUCGCCCUUGAAAGAGGGACAAGAAGAUGGAACGACGAAGAAUGUCAGAAAUGACAGGCUAUCGGAGUCGGACAACGGCGGCGGAAAGUCGGUCGAGAGUUCAAUUCGGCACAAGAUCGUCGUGAUGGGCGCGGCGAAGGUCGGCAAGUCGGCGAUAAUAAAUCAGUUCCUUUACAGUACCUUCACUCCCAAAUACAAGCGCACCGUCGAGGAGAUGCAUCACGGCGAUUUCAACCUUUCCGGGAUCCACUUGACACUCGACAUCCUGGACACGUCCGGCUCGUACGAGUUCCCAGCGAUGAGAGAUUUGUCUAUCAAAUCGGCCGACGCCUUCAUUCUGGUUUACGACGUCAACGAUUCCAAUACUUUCCUCGAGGUGAAGACCCUUAGAGCCCAGAUACUCAACACGAAGGGCGCUGUACCAAUCGUGGUCGUCGGUAAUAAGGUCGACCUCGUAGAAGCAAAACAAGCGGUGGAGUCCGAGAGUACGAGAGACCUAGUGACCAUGAAAUGGGAGAACGGUUUCGUGGAGGUGUCCGCGAAGGAGAACCUCAACAUCAGUCAAGUAUUUAAGGAGCUGCUCAUCCAAGCGAAGCUGAAGUACAAUCUCAGUCCGGCUCUGCAACGUCGCCGUCGACAAUCCCUGCCGCCUCCGCAGCAUAUAAACUCGCGCAGCAGCGGCACCCACGUGCCAUCUGCGGCUCAGCUGCAACAUCUGCAACAGAUUCGCGAGCGCUCCGAAUCCAAGAGGAACUCCUGCAUCCUGUCGUAAAGAGCGGGCUUCUCGCGAGAGACUUCCCUCCCUCGCCCGAUAAUCCCGCGACAAUGAGCACAACGCGACCUAUUAACGAGAUCGAAUUUUCGCGUUCGAGACUCGUCCAGGUGCGACGCGCGACAGGUGGUUAGUUAGCUCGGGAGGGUCGUCUCGUCGCGUAUCGUGGACGCACCAUGGAUGCCGAUUCGCGGCUACUUAGAACGCGUGCGGAGGAUAUCGCGGAUGUAAAUCGAUACUCGUCAUCGAGCGAGUCGGAGCGGGGACGCGCGUACUCGAGGAGGUCUCGUCGCUGGUGUCGUUUCUUUCAUUUCCGCAUCGAUUUACGGAUUAUCUGCGCGAGCAAUGGCGUUUUCGCCAUGGGAGGAAUUAAGCGCAAUACACUCACUGAGAAACUUAACUUAGUCGAAUCAACAAAAUUCUUGUUUGAACAUCGGUUAACAAGUGUUUACUUGUAAGAUUUGCUUUUCUGAAUUAAAAGUUGAUCAAGGAAGCCAAACCUUGGUCCACCAGACUUUGGUUUUUCUAACCGAAACAUUUGUUUGCCCAUAUCCAAGCAAGAAUUUUGUUGAUUCAACUAAACGAAUUUCUCAGUGCAGCGCGCGUGUAAAAACCGAAUUUCUGCCUAAUUUGGAAACUUUGAGCCUGGAUCUCUAACGUUCUCGGCGACUACGCGAACCGUGUUUCGUCGGUCCGAGGAGCACGUCUCGCGAAACUUCCUUCGGUGUGUGUAAACGUAUUAGAAUCUCGUUUCGCAAAUUAGUUUCAGGAGGAACGACAGAUUCGAAAUAAGUGCGUCUUCGUUCGAGCCGGAUUCGAUCCGUGCUGAACAUUCUCGCCCCUCUGAUGGAAACACACGAACACGCUGCUUCGUCGAUGAAAUGCAAAGUGAACCGAUAGGAUAUCGGCGAUAUGAAUAAUAAAAGAAGCACCGUGGGCAAGCCUCGUUUCCUUCCUUGUGAUAACUGUGUCCGUUUAGAUAACGAACGAUUUCAAAGAGUCAAUUUCUAUCAUCGCACGAAGAGCCGUUCAUUUCGUCGAGCACGCGAAAAGAAUCUUUCAUAGACGUGGAUAUAUCGCGGAUUCUAUUAGUAACUCCUUCACAAUUGGCUUGCAAGCGACUACUUUCCAUCAUCUUUGCCACGAACACGAGACGGACUGACAGAGUUAUGAAGCAAAACGCGACCUUGAAACGUCGUUUGUAGUAAGACCGAGAGAUCGGUCGUUCGAGAAUUAGAUUGGUUCGAUUGGAAGAUCCUAUCCGCCGAUCCUAACCGAACUAUUUCUGUCCGUUCGCGCGCGCGAGGAAAAAGUAAAAUUCAAUUAAAAGUUAAAAUCGGGCCUGAUUUCAGCGAACGGAUCGGAUCGAAUGUACACGCGAGUUGCUUUACACAGCCGUAAGAGUUACGAAUGCAAAAGUUAACCUCUCUUCGUAUUUAUAGAAAAUAAAAUUAUAUAAACUGGAAAGAAAUAUGGGGAUCUUCGAAACAUCUGUUGGGAGGAAUCGUUUACUUUCGGCACGUGGGAGUUAAAGACGUGAGAGACGUUUUGUUACUACGCCUUAAUUCGCAUUAAGAUACAUUAAACGAAACUUUAACAAUAAUACGACAUUACGUGUGAUCUUCCUUCCGUAUUGUCUUUCGACUGCAAUCGGAGCAAUUAUCAUCUAACUAAAGAAAAUUGUAUCGACAGUUUCACUCGUUCUAUGAGAUUUACAUACGAACGGUCAUAAUUCCGAAUUAUAUAAUUACGUAGCUUUAUUGUGACGUUCGUAUAUUCUAGUAUCGUGUUUCAGGGUUAUUUCGCACUGCCCGCUCUUUUAUUAUCAUGGAUUACACAUAUACAUUGUAAAAUUCGUCACGAUAAUAUUACGAGACUUCGUCUACUAGUCAUACUUGUAAAGUAAGAAUUGGAUCUUUCAUCUCCUUAUCAUUUGUAUAUGGAUGUACACACAUUUUGUUAAAACUUAUUGAUAAUAUUAUUCCUACGAACGUGUUUACUUAUUAUAUAUGUCAGGGGAAAUGAUAACGACGAAAAGAAGGAGGUAACGAGACGAAGAGCCGCCGUAUUAUGCGAACGGGCGAGUGAAUAUGCAGUCUCGCUUUAUACGACCGCGCAGACCGGAUUUAUCGGGCAAAAAAGGGAAACAACUUGUUCUAUGUAGCGCGCUGGACACGUUAGACAUUUCGAAUAUUUUUAAUCUCGAUAUGCUGAAUACACGAAAUACGCAGAGAGAGAGAGAGAAUAUAUAUAUAUAUAUAUAUACAGAGAGAGAAUGUAUAUAUAUAUAUAUAUAUACACAUAUAACUUGUGUGUGAAUGCAUGUACGAACGUGAGUCUGUACACUUACGUUUCGCGUAUCGAUGAUUAUUCUAUUGGUAAGACACUUUUUCAGCUAUUGUUCAUAAUGAAAUUUAGAAGAAAAGAGUUUAAUGUAAAUACUGUCCAUAUAAUGUACUUUAUUUUCAAACUAGAACGCCAUUAGAUAGAAUGUAUUUCUUUCAGUAUGUACACUCUCUCGAUAAGUAUGGGAAUAUAUAUAUAGUAUACAUUCCAACAAAUUAAACAUUGUCCUGAAUCGAAAAUUGUGAGAAAUUGUUAGUGAUGUGCUAGAUAAUUGGUGAAAUGGAUAUACGUGCAAUACACCGUUAAAUUUCAUGAAACACCAGCGAACUGUAGGAGAAGCGAUUGUGUGUGCUUGUUAAUGUUACAUUUAGAUACGUGUUAGAAACGUGUUUGACUGUUUGUCUUGUACUACUCUCUCCCUCUUUCUCUCUUCAUGAAUAUUCAAUUGGAUUAUAUUCAAUAUUACUUUUAACUUUUUACUCUCGUUUAUUACAAAUUCUAAGUAGUUGAUGCUUACUAUAAAUAAAAGAAUAUUUCGUUGUUCAAGUUCUUUACCGGGGAUAUUAACGAAUGCCGUCGAUAACUGUCGUGAAAUUUAACAAGUAAACUUUCGAAAUGGUAAUUCCUUGUCUUCGGGUGAGCUCGAACAUUAUUUUCUUUUUCUCCAAACCAUAGUCACGUACGUCUCUUUGUUAUUACAGAGUAAAUUAACGAGGAGGAAGAAAAUAUAUAUUUUAGUCGCGUCUAGCGUUAGAGAAAUAUUAUAAACAUUUAUAUAAAUAAUAUAAUAUUCCGACGUUGGUAUCUUACUACCUUGAGACCCACAUUGGGUUUAAUUUUACACGGAUGUACACACGAUUAAGCACUUUAAUAUAACUUUAAGAAUUAAUUACAUAUGUGUAUGUGUGUGUACCAUUGACUCGGUGUUCUGUUAGUAUUAAACAACAACAUAGUUUACAGUUUCAUCUGAAUGUACGAUUGUUUACGUAGGAAGCGAUAAUCCGAAUGCGAUUAUCUCAUUCGAAGGAAAUAUAUUUUUGAUUUCACUCCUGUUGUGUAUAAUUUCCUUCGGCAGGUAAAAUUUGGUUCGCUCUAUAUGAGACGACGACACAAGCGUAUUAGCAAUUAAAUAUAAAACAGAUUGUGAGUGUGUUAUUUUCUUAUAAAUAUUUCGGCGUAUCCUCCUAUGAGCGGCCAGGAAAAGAAACAUAAAGUCGAGAGAUACACGCCGUCAUAAUCCCAUUGUAAGAGACUUGUGCGAACUGUAACUAAAGCUUAUACAGCUACCUUAUGAAUGCAGACAUGUAACAAUGACUGCAGUCUUUUCCUCCAUCUCUGUAUAAAAAAAAAUGUGUGGCGACAAGUGCUAGUUGCGUCAGCAUUUGAGUUUGUAUCAUCGCAUUAUUACAAAUUAAUGAAUAAAAUGUGCAGUAUUAU